AUGGCAGGACACGCAUUCGAGAACUGCCCUCCGGCCUAUGUCGACGGCAUCAAAACCGGUGAUCGCACCGAGUUCCCCGGGACGCCAGCCUUCACCAAUGGAGUUGCCCCGUCCCGCUUUCAGGGUGACAUCGAAGAGCUCGAGGUGUUUGGGAAUAUGCCCAAGUCCAUCCACGGAACAUACUACAGCAUGGGCGUGGACAAGAGAUUCCCUCCGAUCCACGAAGAUGACAUCUUGUUCAACGGUGACGGGAUUGUAGGGGCGUAUUAUAUCGCCGAUGGCCAUGUCGACUGGAAGCGACGCUACGUCAAGAACGACCGUUACAACGCCGAGUCCACGGCCCGCAGGAGCUUGUUUGGCAGGUAUCGCAAUCCGUACACCGACGACGCGUCAGUCAAGGGGCUGAUCCGCACGACCUCCAACACCAACAUUGUCUUUUGGCGGGGCGUCAUGCUUGCUUGCAAGGAAGACGGGCCGCCCUACGCGCUUGAUCCGGAAACACUCGAGACCAUUGGGCGAUACGACUUUGAUGGCCAGGUAGUAUCGCCGACCUUUACGGCCCACCCCAAGAUCGACCCGGAGACGGGGAACAUGUUGUGCUUUGGCUACGAGGCCGGCGGUAACGGCAACGACUGCUCGAAGGAGAUUGUCUUUUACGAGAUUGGGCCCGACGGCAAGAAGCUCACUGAGGUCUGGUUCGAGGCCCCGUUCUGCGGGUACAUACACGACUUCGGCUUCACAACGAACCACAUCAUCCUGCCCAUGACGCCGCUGAAGGCGGACCUGCAGCGCCUGCAGAAGAGCAAGGUCCACUGGGCCUGGGACCCCAACGAGGACCACUUCUUCGGCGUGGCGCCGCGGAGGAGCCCCAAGAGGGAGGACAUGGUCUGGCUCCGCUCCGACAACUGCUUCCAGGGCCACGUCGCUGGUGCGUACGAGAGCGAGGGCGGAGACCUGGUCUUUGACCUGUCCAUGGCCGACGGUAACGUGUUCUUCUGGUUCCCGGAGGACGGGAAACCACCGGUGCCGCCGGGGCCGGGCUCCCCGCUCAAGUCACCAAUGACACGGUACACCUUCCCAGUCGCGAAGGAUGGCCGGCUGGUCUCGCCCGAGAAGAGGAUCAAGCCGGCCCAGUCGUGCCAGACGUCGGUCGAGUUCUCGCGCAUCGACGACCGCUUCCAGGGCAAGGAGUACACGCAAUUCUGGGCCCUCGGCAUGGACGGCAGCCGGCCGUACGACAUUGCCCGGUGCGGCCCGCCCGCGGGGGGUCUGUUCAACCUCCUAGUGCACCACAACUGGGCCACCGGCGCCGAGGAGGUGUGGUGGCCCGGCCCGACGACGACGCUGCAGGAGCCGUGCUUCGUGCCGCGCGACGUGGACGGGUCGCCCGAGGGCGACGGGCACAUCGUCGUGGUCCUGAACCGCCUCGACCGGGGCAUCAACGAGCUGGCCGUCCUGGACGCGCAGAAGGUUGCCGACGGGCCUGUCGCGCUGGUUCGGCUGCCGCUCAGGCCGAGGCUGGCGUUCCAUGGUAACUUUGUGGACCACAGGGACAUCGAGCGGUUUGAGCUGGAGAAGGAGAGGCUGAAGGUGAAGGGGCCACCUGCUCCAUUGCCUUGGCAGCAGAAGGGGUUGUGA